AGGGGGAGGGUGGCGGGAGUGUCAGGUGAGCGCGUGCGCAGUGAGGUGGCUGGGGGGUUGGCCUGGCAAGGGAAGUCGCUGGGAGUGUGAGGCAGGUGAGGCGCAACUCCUGGGCUGACCCCCCCCCCCCCCCGCUGCUGCCAGAGACCCCGGCCAGCGGCGCCAUGUCUGGGCCGGGAAGCAAGCGGGCAGCUGGGGAUGGGGGAUCAGGGCCUCCUGAGAAGAAAGCCAACCGGGAGGAGAAGACAACCACUACCUUGAUCGAACCCAUCCGCCUGGGAGGCAUCUCCUCCACGGAGGAGAUGGACCUGAAAGUGCUGCAGUUCAAGAACAAGAAGCUGGCGGAGCGGCUGGAGCAGCGCCAGGCCUUUGAGGACGAGCUGCGUGAGCGCAUUGAGAAGCUGGAGAAGCGCCAGGCCACAGAUGAUGCUACCCUGCUCAUUGUCAACCGUUACUGGAGCCAGCUGGAUGAAAAUGUGCAGGUCCUGCUGAGAGGCUAUGAUGGGGACUGCGAGCCCCAACCCCCUGCAGCCCCUUCUCCCCCUUCCGCAGAGGAACCCAGGCCAGAGCCAAUGGGACAAGACCCUGAGAACACAGCUAGUCCUGGUACCGAGGGCCCAGAUAGGACAGAAACAGCCCCACCUAUUGUGGCCCCAUCUACCUCCUGGAAGGCUGGGGGUCUGCUGCUGAACGAGCCGGCCCUGUCAUUCCUGGCCACAUUGGCCAGCAGCAGCAGUGAGGAGAUUGAGCUGCAGCUGCAGGAACGCAUGGAAUUCUCUAAGGCCGCCGUGUCCCGUGUGGUAGAAGUCUCCAACAAGAUCCACCGGCGCACGGAGGAGCUGUGCCAGAAGAUCCACGCCUGUGCUGACUUGGACCAGCUGGAUGAGGCGUUGAAGUCCUUGAACAAAGAGCUGAUGAGAGAGAAUCAGCGGCUGCAGGACUUGGCGAUGCAGCUGCAGGAGAAACACCACAAGAUCUCGCUAGAGUACACAGAGCUGCAGGACAAGGUGACAUCGUCAGAGACCAAGGUGCUGGAGAUGGAGACGACGGUGGAGGAUCUGCAGUGGGACAUUGAGAAGCUGCGCAAGCGCGAGCAGAAGCUCAACAAACACCUAGCUGAGGCGCUGGAGCAGCUGAACUCUGGUUACUACGUGUCUGGCAGUUCCGGGGGCUUCCAGGGUGGACAGAUCACACUCAGUAUGCAGAAGUUUGAGAUGCUGAACGCGGAGCUGGAGGAGAACCAGGAGCUGGCCAACAGCCGCAUGGCUGAGCUGGAGAAGCUGCAGCAGGAGCUACAACAGGCUGUCAGGACCAAUGAGAAGCUCAAGGUGGCGCUGCGGUCGCUGCCCGAGGAGGCAGUGAAGGAGACCCUGGACUACAAGGUGCUGCAGUCACAGUUCUCGCUGCUCUACAACGAGAGCCUGCAGGUGAAGACCCAGCUGGACGAGGCACGCGCCCUGCUGCUCACCACCAAGAACAGCCACCUGCGCCACAUUGAGCACAUGGAGAGCGACGAGCUGAACCUGCAGAAGAAGCUGCGCACGGAGGUGAUCCAGCUGGAGGACACGCUGGCCCAGGUGCGCAAGGAAUACGAGAUGCUGCGCAUCGAGUUCGAGCAGAACCUGGCCGCCAAUGAGCAAGCGGGUCCCAUUAACCGGGAGAUGCGCCACCUGAUUAGCAGCCUCCAGAACCACAACCAUCAGCUGAAAGGAGACGUGCAGCGAUACAAGCGCAAGCUGCGUGAGGUGCAGGCUGAGAUCAACAAGGUGAGAGAUUUGCUGAGGAGGGUUGCACUCAAUGAUCCACUCUGGGGGAGGGGAGGGCUUGACUGGAGGAAGGAUGGAGGGAUCCAUUUGGGGAUCUUCGGCAGGUGGUGCUCUGCUGACAAGGCCACGUUGCAGGUGGAUGCCCAGCUGCUGGUGGUGCAGAAGCUAGAGGAGAAGGAGCGGGUGCUGCAGGGGAACCUGGGCACAGUGGAGAAGGAGCUGACCCUUCGUAGCCAGGCCCUUGAGCUCAACAAGAGGAAGGCGGUGGAAGCGGCCCAGCUGGCCGAGGACCUGAAGGUGCAGCAGGAGCACGUGCAGUGCAAGCUGAAGGAGAUCCAGGCCUGCAUGGCCGAGAACCGCGCUGCCAAGGAGAAGGAGUCCUUCAACCUCAAGAGGGCCCAGGAGGACAUCUCCCGGCUGCGGCGCAAGCUGGAGAAGCAGAAGAAGGUAGAGGUGUACGCGGACGCUGACGAGAUACUGCAGGAGGAGAUCAAGGAGUACAAGGCCAAGCUGACCUGUCCCUGCUGCAACACACGCAAGAAGGACGCGGUGCUCACCAAGUGCUUCCACGUCUUCUGCUUGCAGUGCGCGCAGACGCGCUACGACACCCGGCAGCGCAAGUGCCCCAAGUGCAAUGCUGCCUUUGGCGCCAACGACUUUCACCGAAUCUACAUCAGCUGAGCGCCUGCAGUCCCCCUUCCCAUCCCCUCCCCUAGCCCUCCAUUCCGCAGGUCCCCCCUCCAGGAUCCACAUGGCGGUCCCCUCCCUCCUGCCCUCUGCAGGCUGCUCAGCAGGUGCUGCCAGGAUUCACUUGACCCAUCCAUGUAGAUCCCACCCAAGUGAUGCCUGAUCCCCUGAGGAUCUGCUCCUCGCAGCUCUCUGGAUCCUCCCCUACUCUGGGUUCUGCCGGGGUCUGCUCCCCUGGGGCUGGUCUCCUCCUGCUAAUAUUUGAACCUCGGUGAGAGCCCUGUUGUGCCGAGAGGAUGCCCUUGGGGGUGAAGGGUCUCAAGGCAGCAGCUGACUGCAUGGGGGGCCGGAGACUGUUCAUUCUAUUUGGAUUUUAUUUUAUUUUUAAAUACUAUGUUUGGUUAUGUGGGAAAUAAAAAUUGGAGAGUCCCACCGGGGCCAGAUCCUCCA